GUCAGGAGAGCACGUUUUGGGGGGAAAUAACGGCCACUUUAAUAGUUUCCCUCCAACCCAAAAAUCAAACGGCUCUCAACGCCUCGAUCUUUCUCUCUCCAAAUCACGGAAGAUUUUCUAACGGACACCUUUCAAGGUGUUGAAAUAGUCCCUAUCUUCUGGCAGGCGCUGGACGGUUGAUUUCAAAAAUAAAAUUGAAACCCCUGUCUCUUCUUGAUUCCACUACAUUCCACAAUCACUAUAAAAAAAAUAUCUGCUAAUAUUCUUGAAAAUCAUGCCAAGUUUCUAUAAACAUUUAGAAGGCGAGGUUUGUGAUAUCAAGAAAGUUGGGGGAGUUGAGUUUAAUUUACCCAAAAUGUGGGUGAGGGGGAGUAUUAGGGAGAGAUCAUAAAUUUCGUAUCCGGUGCAUUCUUGCAUAGCUUAGAAGGGUUUCCAGCUCUUGCAGGCAACAGUCGCAGGUUUUGCAACCUCAGAUUGUUAGUUGCAGGCUGGUCUGCCGAAUCAGGGAGCACCCAAUUGUUCUUUAGCUUUUCUUUCCCUUCUAGGUGCUGAAUUAAGAUUUGGAUUGGCAAAGAAGGGAAAGAAAGCAUAAUUUUGAAGGCAUUUGAGUUUUCCUUGAUCGUUUAAGUUUGGAAUUCCACGAUGAGCGUUGUUUCGGGUGUGAUUUCUCGGAAAGUGUUGCCGGCAUGUGGUAAUCUUUGUUUCUUAUGCCCUGCUAUGCGGCCAAGGUCUCGGCAGCCUCUGAAGCGGUAUAAGAAGCUCAUAUCAGAUAUUUUUCCUCGGGGACAGGAUGAAGAACCAAAUGAUCGGAAGAUUGGGAAACUGUGUGAAUAUGCUGCAAAAAAUCCUUUGCGUAUCCCAAAGAUCACAAAUUCUCUUGAGCAAAGGUGCUACAAGGAGUUGAGAAGUGAGAAUUUUCGGUCUGCAAAAGUUGUCAUGUGCAUUUACAGGAAAUUUUUAGUUUCUUGUAAGGAGCAAAUGCCUCUUUUUGCAAGUAGCUUACUAAGUAUCAUACACACUUUGCUGGAUCAAGCACGACAAGAUGAAAUGCAAAUUAUUGGAUGCCAGACACUGUUUGACUUUGUAAAUAAUCAGAGGGAUGGGACUUAUAUGUGUAACUUAGAAGGAUUCAUACCAAAACUCUGUCAGCUAGCCCAAGAAGUGGGGGAAGAUGAAAGGGCACAGCAUUUACGUUCAGCUGGGUUGCAUGCACUUUCUUCAAUGGUAUGGUUUAUGGGUGAACACUCUCAUAUUUCAGCCAAGAUUGACAAUGUAGUUUCUGUCAUUUUGGAAAAUUACCUCAAUGUUAACAAACCAGGUGCCCAGAAUCGAUGGGUGCAAGAAGUACUUAAAGUUGAGGGUCAUGUUUCUCCUUCACCAGAGGUCACAAUGAGGGUCCUGUCUUGGAAUACGAUUGUCAAUGAGAAAGGCGAAGUAAAUGUGUCAACGGAAGAUGCCAAAAAUCCCUGCUUUUGGUCCAGGGUUUGCCUUCAUAACAUGGCCUUGCUGGCCAAGGAAUCUACAACCAAAAGGCGGAUUCUGGAGUCCUUGUUCCUUUACUUUGAUGAUGGAAAUUUAUGGUCUCCUGAAAAUGGGCUAGCUUUUCCAGUCCUUAAGGAUAUGCAGUUUUUGGGGGAGAAUUCUGGGCAAAAUACACACUUUUUGCUUUCCUUAUUAGUUAAACAUCUUGAUCACAAAAAUGUCCUUAAACAACCCAGCAUGCAGCUUGAUAUUGUUGAGGUCACCACCUCUCUUGCUCGACAUGCAAAGGUUGAGUCUUCUGUAGCAAUAAUUGGUGCUGUUAGUGAUGUUAUGCGGCAUUUGAGGAAAAGCAUACACUGUUCAAUUGAUGAUGAAAAUCUGGGAGCUGACAUAAUUAAAUGGAACAGGAAAUUUCAAGAAACUGUGGAUGAGUGCCUUGUGCAGUUGUCGUACAAGGUUGGAGAGGCAGGUCCAAUUCUUGAUGUUAUGGCUGCAAUGAUGGAGAACAUCUCAACUAUUACUGUCAUAGCCAGAACUACAAUUGCUGCUGUUUAUCGUACUGCCCAAAUUGUAGCAUCUAUACCAAAUUUGUGUUACCCAAACAAGGCAUUCCCUGAGGCUUUGUUUCAUCAGUUACUCCCAGCCAUGGUCCAUCCAGACCAUGAAACACGAGUUGGAGCUCACCGCAUCUUUUCUGUUGUCCUGGUGCCGUUUUCAGUUUGCCCUCGUCCUUGUCCAAUCACCCCUGAGUUGAAAAAGGCCUCAGAUCUUCCAAGGAUGCUUUCAAGAACUGUCUCUGUGUUUUCUUCCUCAGCUGCCCUUUUUGAGAAGCUGAGGAAGGAAAAAUCUUUCUCAAACGAAAAUAUCUGUCAAGAGAACAAAGAGGAUGAACUGAAGAACAACAAUGCUGGAAUUCUGAAUAGAAUGAAGUCAUCAUUUAGCCGAGCAUAUAGUUUGAAAAGUUCAGCCAUGUCUUUAACAACUGAUGCAAAUUUCACGAGCAAUUCAAACAAUGAAUUGGAGGCAGUUUCGCUGAGGCUGAGCAGCCGGCAGAUUGCGCUUCUUCUUUCAUCAAUUUGGGCACAGUCCAUUUCCCCUGCAAAUAUGCCUGAGAACUAUGAAGCAAUUGCUCAUACAUAUAGCCUGGUAUUACUGUUCUCUCGAGCUAAGAACUCCAUCCAUGAAGUUCUAGUUCGAAGUUUUCAGCUAGCAUUUUCCUUGCGAAGCAUUUCUCUUGUGGAUGGAGGGCCUUUGCCACCAGCACGUCGCAGAUCCCUCUUUACCUUGGCGAUAUCUAUGAUUGUCUUUUCAUCAAAGGCCUACGAUAUUCUUCCUCUUGUUCCUUGUGCUAAGGCAGCACUUUUGGACAGAAUGGUUGAUCCAUUUUUGCACUUGGUUCAAGAUAAUAAAUUGCAGGCUGUUAACUCUGGAUCUGACUGUGCUUCAAAAGUUUAUGGAUCUAAAGAAGAUGAUGAAUGUGCUCUAAAAGCUCUUUCACAAAUAAAAAUAGCUGAGGAACAAACUAGGGAAUCAUUUGCUACCAUAAUUGUGAAGAGUCUGGAAAACCUGUCAGAGUCUGAGUCAUCCAUACUAAGGGAGCAGUUAGUGCAUGAAUUUUUACCUGAUGAUGUAUAUUUAUGGGGAACCCAAAUGUUGCUGGAUGCUACACGACUUGAUUUCAAAUCUAAUGAAUCUCCUGAGGAGGCUGCUGCAAUUUCUGCAACAGAUGAUGAUGCCUUUCUAGAUUUGUAUGACAGUCAAACCAAACAUGAUUUGCAGUUGUCUGUGCAAAACCCCAAUCUUUUGGGCAUCAAUCAACUUCUAGAAUCAGUCUUGGAGACAGCACAUGAAGUUAGACGAUUCUCUGUCUCAACUGCACCUGAUGUGUCUUACAAGGAAAUGACCGGUCACUGUGAAGCACUUCUGAUGGGAAAGCAGCAGAAGAUGUCUAAUCUGAUCAGCACCCAACAAAAACAAGGAAGUUUGAUGAACUUCUCUUCUCAAAAUCAUGAUGAUGAGGCUAAGAAGAUGAUCACUCAUUGCUAUGAUGUAAGAAAUCCUUUCAGUGAUCAGAACUUUGCAGCCAAUUUGCACAAGCCACCCAUUGAGCCUGCUCCAAUACACUCUGCCACUGAGUACCUGCACCACCCCCACUUCUUCAAGCUACCAGCAUCAAGUCCAUACGAUAACUUUCUCAAAGCUGCUGGCUGCUGAUCCAGCAGAAGUAUGAAAACCACACAUCUCCUUGAGCUCAAGUAUUUCAGUUGAUACCAGGCUCUAAAAUUUCACAGCCACUGUUUCCCAUAACCUGCAUACCCCUGCUUGGGGCUUUGCAGGAGCGGCAUUCCAGUUUUGUGAUUGAGAUUGUUCUGUGUUGUUCAUUCAGGAACAACAAUCAUCAUUGUGGCUGAGAUCGGUUGAAUUGAUUACUUCUUCAUAUUCAAUUCUUUUCUUCUUUCAUUUUUCUUUUUCACCCUGUAGUAUUGAUUGAUUCCCGGCUUCAUGGGGGUGAGGAUUUCCAGCUUUACUUCCUCUAAGAAGACCGGAUUUGAUUUGUAAUAGAAAUAUUUGUUUUCACUGAAUUUUACUUAUAUUCCAUCACUGUGAUGAAGGUGCUUGUAUACUACAGGCUUGUCACGUUUUCAUAUUCUUUUGAAUUAAUAUACCAGACCCAUUUAAUAA